UACAUCUCCGAUAUAGAGUAGAAGUUUAUCUUACAUUCAAAAUGAGUGGACGUGGGAAAGGUGGAAAAGGACUCGGAAAAGGUGGCGCUAAACGUCAUAGAAAGGUGUUGAGAGAUAACAUCCAGGGUAUUACCAAGCCAGCUAUACGUCGUUUGGCUCGCAGAGGUGGUGUUAAACGUAUUUCUGGUUUGAUCUACGAAGAGACCCGUGGUGUAUUAAAAGUGUUCCUUGAGAACGUCAUCCGUGAUGCUGUUACCUACACAGAGCAUGCGAAAAGGAAGACCGUGACCGCUAUGGAUGUUAUCUACGCUCUAAAAAGACAAGGAAGAACCCUGUACGGUUUUGGCGGUUAAUUUUCAAAUCCCACUGCUAUUACGCUAAUGACAAAAUCGGCCCUUGUAAGGGCCAUGAAAAUUUGCACUUAAGCCAUCUCGCUGAUUUCCUAAUAUGCGUCAUUAACCCGCUGUCUUAAAGUUUUGUUCUUUAAAUUUCACUCAGUAACUUAGAGGAGAUAAAGACUAUGUACAGCACCCUUCUCGGCGUAACAAAAGACCUUAAAUACCGGGCGCCGAGCAAAGAUCUGACUUUAAUAUUAUAAAAGUAUUACCGUGAAUGCUUCGAACAGAUUUAUUUCUGUGGCUGUCUAUUUGGCCACAAUACCAAAAUAUAAA